GUAAGAAAGGCAAGGAUAAUCGUGCGUAUCGUUGAGAAGGUGAGACUUAAAAAUGGCGCUUCGAAGAUGGCCGCGCAAUAAUGGCGGCAUUCUUACGACCGUAUUAACAAAGAAAAAGUUGUUAAGGCGUUUGCCGCUUGUUGUCGCUCGAAUGCGACGAUACGAAUCGUUGUGAAUAUCGGAACCCAGCCCAGUUCGGAAAAGAUGUCGACAAUCUCUAUUGCGGUUGCGUAUCGAUGCCGGUGAAUGCAAUGUCGAGUGGGUAAAAAGGUGAGUGGUGGGGUUAGAUGCAAGACGAAGAGGAAGAGGAGAAGGUGGUGGAAGAGGAAGAGGAGAAGGAGGAGGUAAAGAGGGGGGUGGGGAGGGGCAAAGAAAAGGUAAAGCAAAGGGUAGAAGAGGUUAUGAACUCUAACCCACGGAUGGUCGACGAAGUGUGGUAGCUGCUAUGAACUGUCCAAAUGACGCGUGGUCAGAUCGGUCAUCGCUGUUGGCGAUAAAGGGAGAAAUGGAUAGAGAGCAUAGAGAUCAACGUGAUCACGAUAAUCCGAAUGAGAACGAGGGAGAGCGGAAAAGUGGAAUGGAUUUUCGUAGUAUUUCGCAUCAUCAUGGAGCAGCGGAUCAAACAACGGAUGCCGACUCGGAGAGAGAUAUGGAAAUCGAUCGAAAUGAUCGGCUGCACGACGAUAAAACGGAUCAAAUGUUGGAAAGAAAUUUUCACAAUUUAGAGCGUCAUCCAGCUAUGAGAGAUAUGGAGAGAGAUCAGAACAAUCACGUUGAUAACUUACACGAUGAUAAAAUUGAUCAUAAAAUGAGUAGAGAUUACCGCAAUAUGGGACAUCAUCCAGCCAUGCUUCACUUACACUCCGGCAUUGAACACUUAAGUAAUGUCGACGUAGAGGUUAAAUUGGCAAGAGACGUAAGAGGUUCUUUAGGUUUAGGAUUAUCCCUAGAAUUAUGCGUGGUAUGUGGAGACCGAGCAAGUGGUAGGCAUUACGGAGCUAUAAGUUGCGAAGGCUGCAAAGGUUUCUUUAAACGCAGUAUUCGUAAGCAAUUAGGUUACCAAUGUAGAGGAAGUAAAAGUUGCGAAGUUACCAAACAUCAUAGAAACCGUUGCCAAUAUUGUAGGCUUCAAAAGUGUCUGGCAAUGGGUAUGAGAAGUGACUCUUGGGGUGUUGUAGCCGUUCAACACGAACGAAAACCAGUAUUAGGAGAAACUGCUGGAGCAAAGGUUGGGAGUCGUAGUCCCAGAGUCAAACCGGAACCACAGCAGCCUGUUCCUGAAGCUCCUCAAACUUGGGAACAGCCUGAAAGUCCUAGUAUGGAAGACCAAAGCAGCGACAGCGAUUUAAGCGAUGCUUUGACGUUAGCUAGGGAACGUUUGUUAAUAUCUCAUGCAUUGGACAGUAUGGCCAAGCUUAUCGGUGAUAGUGUGAAUGGUUCGAGUGAACCUGACGAAGAGUGGACGGGCCAAUUGAUCUCAGAAAGACAUACAUUGUUCGAACUGAGAGCACCUAGCCCUGCACCCGCAUACUUAUCUAUACAUUACAUAUGUGAAAGUGCAGCAAGGUUACUGUUUUUGUCUGUACACUGGGCAAGAGGGAUUCCUGCCUUUCAAGCCCUACCAUCGGAGAUCCAAACUACGUUGGUGCGUAGUUGCUGGGGACAAUUAUUUACAUUAGGUCUUGCACAGUGCGCAUAUACUUUGUCCCUUCCUAGUAUCCUGACAUCUAUAAUAAAUCAUCUUCAAGCUAGUAUCGCACAGGAAAAAAUUACCGCUAGCAAAGUGAAGUCUGUUACAGAACAUAUAUGCAGAUUGCAAGACUGUGUAAGUUCUCUUCACAAAUUGCAAGUAGAUUCCGUCGAGUACGCCUAUCUUAAAGCCUUAACGCUCUUUAGCGCAGACAAUGUACUGGCUGGCAUUUGGCGUAAAAAAGUUGAAGUUCUACAAGAAGCAGCGUGGACGGAAUUACAACAACGAGUAGGAUCUGACAGAUUACCUCGUCUUUUAUUAAAACUUGCACCUCUUCGGUCGAUUAACCCUAGGGUGUUAGAAGAUCUCUUUUUUGCAGGUCUUAUUGGUAGGGUAAGCGUAGCUAGUGUAGUGCCUUAUAUUCUGACUAUGCAAGAUUGUAAACCAGAACCUGAAAGUCACAUGGGGUGACAAUUACUCUUAGUGCAAUGUAAGUCGUGACCUGAAAAGGUGAUAUAUUUAUAAAUUAUCACAGGAUGCUUAUAGUAUAUUUUUAUAUAAGGAUAAAAAAGAAGAUCUAUAGAGCAAAAUGUAUUUUUAUAUCGUGCAGAUAACAGUUAUUAAGUAUCUUCCGAUUGUAAAAAGAAAACAUUUAUUUGUGAUAUUCUCAAAUAUAUUGUAAUAUGUUGUGCAAAACUAACUGAACUUUUGCAAUAAUUGUUUAGUAUCCGUAAAGUAAUUAUUUUGAAAUACUACUUAAAGUAAGAGUGCCUUGCAAUAAUAAUCUGUAUUUUAACAUCGUCUUGUAUGCUAUACGCUCUAUAGCAACUUCUUCUAAACUUGAGGUAUUGUAUGUUACAUAUUCAUAUUUUUUAAGGCAAUAUUAUUUCAUAACUUAUUAUUAGUAAGGGCAUUGCCUCUUACCAAAGUAGUAGUUAAUUUGUAUUUUAUGUUAUAAGAAUUACAAUUUUAUUUUAUUAUUAAAAAUUUUUAAAGCAAUUUCUCUCUUAUCGCAUAAUUUAAUACAAAAAUUUCAAGCGAACACAAGAAAUAUUACAUAAUACAUGAUAUUAGAGAAGUUCAUAUUUAAAUUUAGACAUCUUGUAGAUAUUUAAUAGUUUUAUGUGACACGGUAGGGAUCACUGCGAAUUUUUUAUCGAGAAAUUUUAACGUUAACAAAGCAGUACGUGUAAGCCAUUCAACAUUUAACAACAAAAUUUGAUGUAGAUAUUGCGACUGAGUCAUGACGUGGGCAAAUAAUUAUGAAAGUAGUCUAAAUCAUCGGGGAUAUUAAAAGACAUAUUCUGUUACAUUUCAUUUUGAAAAAAUUCGACUUCAAAGAUGAAGAUAUCUCGAAACGAAAAAUGUACGAUUUGGAUCACUUUCAUAAUCACCGGCUCGUAUAUGAUUUUUUCAUUCGCGUAAAAAUAAGCGACUGAUAAUACUGCAUUUCUUGCAAUAUAAUUUUUUUUUUUUUUUUUUUUUUUAAUUUAUAACGAACAGUUCGCGCAAUAUAUUUUCAUAACAUAAUGUAAAAACAAUCUCCUCUGAAAGUAUUUUCUUUUUUUUUUUAUUCUUUACAAUUAUCGCAAAGUUUACACGAACUAGGUACGUUGUUUAUAAAAGAGACAUACACACAUAAUGUGUUUCCAUGAAUAGCAUGAAUACUUAAUGUAGAUUAAGGGAAUUAGAGAAUCACGUAUGUACUUACUUAAUUACGUGUAAAAAUUGUUAUUAUUACAUAAUUGUCGAGCGAACAAUCGUAUAUCAAAAUAGGCAUAAUUAUAAAUAUUUUUAUAAACAUUAUUUACAGUUAUCUUUUUCGAAAAGUAAGAGCUAUUUCUUUUCUUUAAGAUGAAAAUAAUAUUUUAGAUUUAGAGACUAUUUUUAAUACACAGGGUGUUAAAAAUCAUACCUUUAGAGAUAUUUUUUCAUUGAGAAAUAAAGUCAUAAAAUAUAUUUUCAAAGCUCUAUACAUAUUAAUACAAUUUGUAAUAUACGAUAGACUUAUUACUGUUAAAUAAUUCGUAUCAUUAAUGAUGUCAACAAUUAGCUAUCUAGAUAAAAAAAAAUAUUACUAAAAUAAUUGGGUACAAAGUAUUAUAUGACUCUGUUUCAUAAUGUAGUACUAACAAUUAGAUAAAAUGAGUCAGUAUUGAAAAUUGAAAUAAUUAUCUGACAUAUUCUUAUGUAACGUUGAAGUAUGUGAAAUUUAACAUAUACAAUUACUUUUAUGUGUGAUAAAUCGUUGAAACAGUAUAUCUUUAUUGCAUCAAUUAAUUGAUGGACAAUAAGAAGUUUAAUGGGGCAAAGACAACUGCAAUGUAUAUAAUUAAAAAAAAUGUGCCUAUGUAUAUCAAAGUAUUUAUAUUGGACAAAAUUUUGUAAUUAAUACACGUAAGUAAGUAAGUAACUAACUAACUAAUCGACUAACUAACUAAUCAAUCAACUAAUCGACUAAAAAUACAAUUUUAAGAUCAGAGAGACCUGAAAUUCGUUGCCUGUGCUCUCGUUUUUUCCUACUUUGAAAAACUUUCUAUGUAAAUAUAUACAUAUAUAAAAA